GCAGGGAGCGGCGGGGGCGGCGCAGCAGGCGCGGAAGAUGGCGGCGGGCAGGCGCGCCCCGCGCAGCGGGCUGCUGGAGCUGCGCGGCCCCGGCGGGCAGUGGCUCCGCGUCCUGCUCACCCUGGCCGAGGACGUGCUGGGGGUGAGCCCGGCCGAUGGCCCCGGUCCCGGGGAGGCCCCCGCGGCGCAGCUGAACGGCGGCGAACCGGGCUCCGCCGUGCCCGAGGCGCUCGCCAACAUCAGGCGCACCGUGCGGGUGGUGAAGCAGGACGUUGGGGGUCUCGGCAUCAGCAUCAAAGGUGGCAGGGAGAAUAAAAUGCCCAUCUUGAUCUCCAAGAUAUUCAAGGGGCUGGCAGCAGACCAGACCGAGGCGCUGUACGUGGGGGAUGCCAUCCUCGCCGUCAACGGCACCGACCUCUCCGAGGCGACCCACGACGAGGCCGUGCAGGCCCUGAAGAAGACGGGCAAGGAGGUGGUCUUGGAAGUGAAGUACAUGAAGGAGAUCUCUCCCUACUUCAAGAACUCCUCCACGGGCGCCACGGUCAGCUGGGACCCCUCGCCCACCGCCCUGCAGAAGCGGUCGUCCCCUCUGCUGCCUCCUCGGGAGCUGCGGGAGGGCAAGACCCUGCCCCUGAAGAUGUGCUACGUGUCCCGCAAGUGCCUCCCCACCGACCCGGAGCACAGGUACCUGGAGGUGUGCUCGGCGGACGGGCGCCUUGCCCUCUUCCUGCGGGCGAAGGACGAGGCGACGGCGCAGUCCUGGCUCGCUGCCAUCCAGGCCAACGCGGGCGCGCUGCUGCCGCGGGUGAAGGAGGAGCUGCGAGCGCAGCUGGCAGGUGCCAGCGGGGUGGCUGGCAGGGACGUCAAGCACGUGGGCUGGCUGACCGAGCAGCUCCCUAGUGCUGGCACCAGGAACCUCUUGGCCGUGCUGACCGAGAAGGAGCUGCUGCUGUACGGCAGCCUGCCGCAGCACCGUGACGCCCUGGGCAAGCCCACGCACAACUACCCCCUCAUUGCCACCAGGCUGGUGCACUCGGGGCCGGCCAAGGGCUCGGCGCUGUACGAGGCGGAGCUGUCGUUCGCGCUGCGCAGCGGCAGCCGGCUGGGCGUGCAGAGCCACCUCUUCAGCCUGGAGAGCCCCCGCGACCUGGCGCUGUGGACGCGGCUGCUGGUGGACGGAACCCACGGAGCUGCCGAGCUGGUCCAGGAGGUCUCGGCAGCUUGCACGUGGAAGGGGCAGGAGUGCACCCUGUCCAUCCACAUCGACAAGGGCUUCACCAUCUCCACCACCGAGCCCGGGCUCAGCAAGACCAUCCUGCUCCAGCAGCCCUUUGAGAAGCUCCAGAUGUCCUCUGAUGAUGGCACCAAGAUGCUCUACCUGGACUUUGGUGGCCCAGAGGGAGAGAUUCAAUUGGACCUUCACUCUUGCCCCAAAACCAUCGUCUUCAUCAUCCACUCCUUCCUCUCGGCCAAGGUGACCCGGCUGGGGCUGCUGGCAUGAAGAAGGAGUGGAGCAUCGUGGGCAGAGCAGCCCCAGCCCCACCGAUCUAUGCACCUCCCUCCAGGCCAUCCCAGCCGCAAGCCAUCCCGUGGAGCCCGCGGCCCGUGGCUGGGGUCACGCCACUCCCACCAAGGAAAAGCACCAUCCAGCUGGGAAAAACCAUUUCAGGGCGACAACAGGGUGAAACCCCUCGUGGAUGGCAGCGCCAGGACUCCUCUGGUUCCUCCUUCCCCUCCUUCCUCCAGCGGGAUGCUCGGCGGCGGCUGGAGAAGCCCGGCGGGAGCCCGCGGCGGGCAACCCCGCGGCUGUCACCCCAGUGCCUUCUGAGAUGCUAUUUUCUCUACAAGUAACCCAUUUCUAGCUACGUUUUGUAUUUAUAUCGCCCAGCUCAACGUGCUGGCCCUGGCAGCUCUCCCCCACCCGCCUCGGACACCCUCAGGGAAGUCCUGCAGCACAAGGAUGUGUUUGUUUGUCUCCCUCCCCCCCCAAACAGACGGCUCAAGGGGCUGGAGAGCCAAGGCAGCUCCGCGGUGCUCCCGAGGUGGGAGCUGCAGAUCAGCUUCGUUUGCCAAAUCCUUCCAGCCUGUGCUGACUCGUGGGAACCACCGUUCUGGGUCGGAGCUGGACAGUUUGCUUCGUCUGGCUGACUCCUUGGUUGAGGGGUAGGGGGGUCAGGUGGCUGCUGGGCAACAACUUCUAUGAAACAAAAGAUUUCUGCAUGAAAACACUUCAUUUUUUUGGAGGGGGGAGGUGGUGUUGAAUAAACAUUGCAGAGCACAACUGA